CGUCCAGCUCGUGCUUGAUACGAAGCGGAUAUUUAUGUGACCAGGCAGUUUGUUGGUCACUUUUGGCCUAUGCCAUCGCCAGCAUGAGCCUAAUGGGAAUCGAUCUGUCUCUUAACGGGACGGCCUUAUUGAAACCAAAUGACACAGGAGAACAAGCUGCUCUCUAUGAAGUCAAGGUGUUCAACAUCACCCUUUCUUCGAUAGCUCUGUGCGUCCUAACAGUGACAGGAAUCAUCAGCUGUAUCUCGUACAGAAGACACAGAAGGAAGUGUAAACGGGCGCGUGUCUAUGAGAGUGCCGUGGCCAGCGAGUUUCCUGAAGAGCCAGGGGGUGUUAUGUGUGUGAGGAAAACCCAUAGUUUCCGUAACCCGCUCGCCCUGUUCAGAAGACAGGAGGGGCUGAAGGACAACUCACGCAUCCAGUACAUCUACACCAACCCUCUGCCUGUGGGCCACGAGGAGGACAGGGUCCUCCCUCACACCGUGUCCAUACACACUCCACUCACACUGCAGGACUACGCCAACAACCCCACCAGCGGCAUCAUCCUGGCCCCGCCCAUCUUUUACAUGCAGCUGUAGAAAGUUAGUGUUUGAAGAACAGUUUGCACAUUGUCAUGUCAUCCCAAACCCGCAUCACGCUCUUUCUUACGUAGACCACAAAAAGAGACGUUUUGAGAAAUGCUGCCCAUCUUUUUCCAACACUUUAAUUGGCAUAAUACAGCUGUUUAAAGCGUGCUUUACAAAAGAAGCAGAACGUGAAUUACAUCCACCAGAAAAGCAGAUAGAGAUCAAGACUGAGAGAGAACGACAGGGAAAAAUCACUGGCGAUCGUUACGAUGAUGACCAAUAAAAUCAGUCAACAAUAUCUUUACACAAUCGGCUGAGUUUCUCGGAUCAGCCAAUCCAGAGCCUCCUUCCUGCCUUGCCGCUCGAGCUCCGCCCCAAUCGUCUCCCGGCAUUUCUUGUGGUAGUCAUUCAACCAGUCACGCUGCAGGAAGACAAGCAUGUAUUAAUAGAGCAAUCCAUGCUAUAAUGAAAGCCAUUUCACAGACGUUUAAUGGAGAGGUUUACACUUCGAGUUUUUAAGUACACUCUCAAGUACAUGUAUGUGGAUGCAAUUUGAUGUAAAUUACCUAAUUUUAAAGUAAUGGUGUGAAUACUGUUAAACAUGCGUUUUGAAUUUUUUUGUGGUAGCCUGUUUUUGGCCAUAAGGUGGCAACACUAACCUCGGCCUGUGGUUCCACAUUCAAAAACAAAAACAAAAUCUAUGAAGGCGGAAAAAAAAUGCCUAUGCAACUGGAGUAUUGCUUUGAAAGGUUGUGUGCUCCGCUACAAGUGUAUGCUAGCAUCAGUUUCAAUAUGUUUACUUUUAGGUUUAGAUAGCUUAAAUCAUUUUUAGAUAAUUUAUUAGAUUUCUUAAAAAAAAAAAAACACUUUGUAACAA